UCAUAAACCGAAGCACUAUGUACAAGAGUAAAGUCAUUUGUGUUUUGUUUGCUUUGUGUCUCGUCGAGAUUUUUGCGCUUGAACUGGACGAAGAUAUGCAGGCGCUUGUAAAUCAACUGCACAACACGUGUACCAGUGAAACAGGAGCCACAGAUGCUCAAAUCGAAAAUGCAAGAAAGGGAGAUUUUUCCGACGAUGACAACUUCAAGUGUUAUUUCAAAUGUGUUUUUGACCAAAUGGGUUGUAUGACCGAUGAUGGAAAAGUGGAUGCCGAAGCCGUUAUYGCUGUGAUGCCACCAGAACUGAUYUCGAAAAUUGAGAGUACGRUCAGAGGGUGUUCGGAAGUUGGAGCAAAUCCUUGUGAAACUGCGUGGUUAGUCAAUAAAUGUUACCAAAAAGCCAAUCCAGAUAAAAUGUCGCUUUUGCUUUUAAUAUUCAUUUCGUGCUUAUUUCCGCACAUUUUCAGCAUUUCCGAGGAAAUGCAAGAACUAGCCAACACCCUCCACACGACGUGCGUGGACGAGAUCGGAGUGUCCGAAGACGCUAUAGAAAAUGCCCGGAAGGGGAAUUUCGCCGACGACGACAAACUCAAGUGUUAUAUGAAGUGUAUAAUGGAACAAAUGGCUUGCAUUGACGACGAGGGCAUUAUUGACGUUGAGGCAACAAUUGCGGUUCUGCCGGAGGAAUAUCAGGCGAAAGCCGAACCAAUUGUGAGGAAAUGUGGCACGAAAAUCGGGGCGAACGCGUGUGAUAAUGCUUUUCUGACGAACAAAUGCUGGUAUGAGGCGGCUCCAGAGGAUUACUUUUUAGUGUGAUAACCAAUAAGUUUUAAUAAAUUUAAUUUUCCUCAUUUUAUGUUGUACUGAAUUACAAAAAGAAAAAAAAAGAUUAAAAUAAUGAUCAAUACUGGAGUCAACGUGCAAGUUUUAUUUAUUCGAAAUAAACAGUUUAGUGUCAUUUCCGCCUUGCUAAGAUCAAUACGUAGUCCUUGAGAAAAAAUAUUAUAAAUUUCUUCCUCUGAUUUCAGCCCUUUUAUCGUUGAAUUUGUUUCCAAGUAACACUUAUUAGUCAACCAGGCACUCUCACAAAGUUUGGCCCCCACUGAAAAUUACCGAUUUUUUUUAAAUCUAUUGUUUUCACUUACUUUUAGCCCCACAAGACCUAAUCGUAGGAGCUCCUUUAACUUGCAUGUCUUCAGGGAGCAGGGCUAUAGUGGCUUCAACGUCAACAACACCGUCGUCACUUAUCUACAAAAUGAAAUUAAUAGCAAUUUCAAAAAAUUAACACUUACACAGCCAGUUUGAGUCAUUAAACACUUGAUGUAACAUUUUAAUUUCUCGUCGUCGAUCAUUACUUU